AUGGAUCAAAAUCAAUGUAUUGAGUUAAUUGAACUUUACCGAGAUUAUGAAGUUUUGUGGAAUGCAAAAUUUAAAGAUUACCACAAUCGAAAUAAAAAAGAAGAUGCUUGGAAAGACAUCAGUGCACAAAUGAAUAUUCCCGUAGAUAUUCUAAAGGCAAAAAUGAAGAGCCUGUCGGGAACGUUUAGGAGUGAAAAGUCAAGAGAAACUAAAAAAACUACUGGAUCAGGUACUGACAACGUCUACGUGUCGAAAUGGUUUGCAUUUUGA